GAGUAAUUACUACAUGGCGUGUAUAAUGAAGUUAGGAUCCAAAUCAGAAGUUUUUCACCGCGAUGGCCACACCUGGCUCUGCUCAACUGGCCUUCCAAAUGAUGUCAUUAUUCAAGUGGGAGAGAUGGCAUUUCACCUCCACAAGUUUCCAUUGUUGUCCAGAAGCAGGGUAUUAGAAAAUCAUAUCUCAGAACUUUCUGAUGGGGAUGAUAAAAAAGGUGAUGACGACAAGAAGUCCGUUCUGCAACUUAAUGACUUACCAGGAGGAGAGAAAACCUUUUUGCUUGUAUCCAAGUUCUGUUAUGGUGUUAAAAUAGAACUCACUGCACUGAAUGUAGUCAGUCUUAGGUGUGCAGCAGAUUAUCUUCAAAUGACUGAAGAAUAUGGAGACGGGAACCUGAUUAUGCAAACANACAGGCUCUGCUCAACUGGCCUUCCAAAUGAUGUCAUUAUUCAAGUGGGAGAGAUGGCAUUUCACCUCCACAAGUUUCCAUUGUUGUCCAGAAGCAGGGUAUUAGAAAAUCAUAUCUCAGAACUUUCUGAUGGGGAUGAUAAAAAAGGUGAUGACGACAAGAAGUCCGUUCUGCAACUUAAUGACUUACCAGGAGGAGAGAAAACCUUUUUGCUUGUAUCCAAGUUCUGUUAUGGUGUUAAAAUAGAACUCACUGCACUGAAUGUAGUCAGUCUUAGGUGUGCAGCAGAUUAUCUUCAAAUGACUGAAGAAUAUGGAGACGGGAACCUGAUUAUGCAAACAGAGACUUUUCUCGACGAAGUGUUUGGCAACUGGGUUGACACGAUUAAAGCUCUUGAAACCUGUGAGGAGACUUUUCUCGAUGAAGUGUUUGGCAACUGGGUUGACACGAUUAAAGCUCUUGAAACCUGUGAGGAGGUUCUUCCUAAUGCCGAAGAGCUUCAUAUUGUUUCCAGGUGCAUCAAUUCCUUGGCAAUGAAAGCUUGCACAGAUCCGAGUUUGUUCAGCUGGCCUGUGUCAGGAAGCAGUGGCUCUCAGAGUCCAGUUGGCACUGUUUUUUGGAAUGGAAUACACACUGCUUCCAAGCCACAUUCUCUGAGUGAGGAUUGGUGGUACGAGGAUGUGUCCUCCCUCAGAUUACCUCUAUAUAAAAGGCUAAUCCAGGCUGUUGGUUCGAGAGGCAUGAAGCCAGAGAGGAUUGCUGGCUCGCUUAUGUUCUAUGCAAAAAAGUAUCUCCCCUUGAAUGGCAGGCAAUCAAGCCUUCAGAAUGGGAAACAUGCUGCCCCUGGACCAACACUUUCUGCCUCAUCUCAGACAGAUCAAAGGACUCUCCUUGAAGAGAUUGUGGAGUUACUACCUGAUCAAAAGGGAAUAACGCCAACCAAGCUCCUGCUUAGGCUUCUUCGAACAUCCAUGAUUUUACAUGCAAGUCCAUCUUGUCGGGAGAAUUUGGAGAAGAGGGUUGGGUCCCAGUUAGAUCAAGCAGUUAUGGAUGAUCUUCUAAUACCAAAUAUGGGCUACUCAGUGGAAACCCUCUAUGAUAUUGACUGUGUACAACGAAUCCUUGAUCACUUCAUGCUGGUGGAUGAAGAUGCAAUUGAGUCUGCCUCAAAUUGCUUGGAUGAUGAGGGGCAGAUGAUGGGAGGUUCCCACAAACUGACCCCAUUGACAAUGGUGGCUAAUCUAGUGGACAACUAUUUGGCUGAGGUGGCACCCGAUGUUAAUCUAAAGUUAAUGAAAUUUCGGUCACUCGCUGCUGUAAUCCCAGAUUAUGCUAGACAAAAUGAGGAUGGUAUUUACCGGGCAAUUGAUAUAUAUCUGAAGGCACAUCCAUGGCUCAUGGACUCUGAAAGGGAACAACUUUGCAGGCUCAUGAACUUCCAGAAGCUCUCAUUAGAAGCAAUCACCCAUGCAGCUCAGAAUGAGAGACUACCACUGCGUGUCAUCGUCCAAGUUCUAUUUUUUGAACAGCUCCAACUCCGUACAUCUGUAGCUAGUUGGUUAUAUGUCACAGACAAUCUUGAGAGCUCACAAAAUCCAAGCGGUAAUUUGGCACCCAACAGGAAUGACCGUGCCAUCCAAUUAGGCUGUGCAGAUAAUCGAAUUGUUGCUGUUGAUGAUAUCAGGGAACGGGUUACUGAGCUUGAAAAUGAGUGCUUAAGCAUGAAACAAGAGAUGGAGAAGCUUGUGAAGACCAAGCGGAGUUGGAACAGCUUAUGCAAAAUGUUGGGUUUAAGGCUCAAAUCGAAGUCUUGUGACCCUAAAGCUUCAAAGAUGCACUGCAAUGCCAAAGUUUCACCACCAUCAACAACACCACUUCUCAAUGGGAAACAACAUCAAGAUAAUGGUCAGUUGGUUGAUUGAAUCCCCCUCCAGGCCUCCACCACCUGAAACUUUAGUCGCAUUUUGUUUCUUUGCGGAUAAGUUGAUGCUGUAAUUAAAUUUAGACAUCUGAAUUGAGUUCUUUCUUUCUGUUCUAGUUUACUGAUUCUCAUAUCUUUGGCUCUAUAUUUCUUUUUCUUUUGCCGAGCUUGUAGUCACACUCCCCAGGUUGUGGAAUGGACACCAAUGCUGUGAAAAUUGCUGCAAACAUUUGAAAGUGUGCACAAAAUCUAAUGUCCUGGACAAAAGCAGUGAUAUCCCUCAGGGGAACUC